GACUCCAGGCCUGGUUUCCCGGCGGCUGCGCUGGGCGGUCUUUCCCUCCUCCUGCGGUCGAUUCAGCUGGGUCUCCUGCUGAGCCUGCCUCGGCGGCGCCUAGUUGAGAAAAGGCUGCCCGGCCGGGCGGACCAAGGGCGCUUCCGAGAACCGACUUCUCCGAAGAAAUUGCUCAGCCAGUCGCCUCGCCUCGCCUGCUCUCCCACUCCCCGGCUCGCUGCCUGCAUCUGAGCCUUGCAGGAGACACCCCACCUGGCCAGUACUUUAGGUAACAGCUAUUUAUUUAUUUCCAUACCACCCACAUCUUCAGUCAUGGUAACUUUGGGGAGUCUCAGUGGAACCACAAUCAGCACAAGGGAAGAAGCACACUGAACUUCUGUGAGUAGGGUGCAUAUUCUCUGAAGGCAACCUGAAUGGAGAGUCAUCACCCAUGUCUCAUCGGUUAGAGCCAGGUGCUUCCUUCUUGAGAAUUGUUCCUGUACCUAUGGCAACAAGGAGAACAAUAACAUCUGCCUUCCAGUUCCACACUGAGGAUGCAUCGGCAGGAGGACACUAAUGUUUAGCAAACGCUGAUGGGAUUAGAACUGGAUGGUGUUGACUUGAGACAUUCUUACCAAGUACUUUCCAUGGAUCAAGACCCUGGCAUUGAGGCCCUGCUGGACCUCAGCUUCCUAACCGAGGAGGAGCAGAAUGCAAUUGUGGAAGUUUUGCACAGAGACUUGCAGCUCCAGAUGUGUGAGGAAGGACGGAUCAACAACCUGCGCAAAUCUGUCUCUGACCCAAACUGGCUGAAGAUCUUGUCUGGCGAAUGGUUUCGUGAUGUCCGUUCCAAACGGCACCAGCGCAAUCUCUUCGGGGCAGACAUUGUCCGAGCUUCGAUCCGACGGAAGAAGAAGCCCAAAGCAGAUGAACAGGAAUUCAAGCAACAGAGAAGCCUGGAGAAUGUAGUUAUGAUCAGUGAACCUGUGCCAGAGGAUGGGAAGAAAAUGGAGGCCAUGGAUGCACCAGAGGAUGAGAAGACAAUGAAGACUAUGGAUGUACUGCUCUCUGGGACUGCUGUGCCUCAGACUUUCCAGCUGACAAGGACCUCGGAGGCCAAUCUCAUGUCCAAGGAUGCGGUCUGCUUCCCAGAGUUGGCUGUUGAAAACGCUUUUGAGAGAAGCAGCUCAUUCGGCAGUCUGAAUUCCGAGAUAGAGGAACAAGAACAGCCUGGAGUGGACCCAUUUCUCAGGGACACCGUGCAGAAUAACAACGGAUUGGAAAAUGGACAAGGCUCAGCUUUGGUUUCUUCACCUUCAAGGGAGUAUCCAGUGAGCCCCCCAAAUAAAGGAAUAAAUACUAGCUCCUCCACCUCCAGUUUGAGUUCAUCCACGAUGAGUGGCAGUAUGGCGAGCAUGUUCAGUGACAAUGAUAUUGGGAGCAUCGAGGUCCGUGGUUGCAUCCAGUUCUCCUUGCGCUAUGACUCCUCCAAGAAGGAACUCCACGUCCAGAUCAUUCAGUGCCGGGAUCUUGCUGAAGCUAAAAAACAGCGCACAGAUCCAUAUGUCAAAACCUACCUGCUGCCUGACAGAUCCAAUCACAGCAAGAGGAAAACUGCUGUCAAGAAGAGAAGUUUAGAUCCUAUCUUUAAUGAGACGCUUAAGUAUAAGAUUGAAAAGGCUGAACUCCAGGGUAGGAUCCUGAACCUGUCUGUCUGGCAUCAUGAUUCACUGGGCCGAAAUCUUUUCCUGGGAGAAGUGGAGAUGGCCUUAAGUACCUGGGACUGGAGCAACACAAGUCCAAAGUGGUUCAACCUUCAGCCCAAGAUUCCUGCUACUCCAGAUAUGGUCCCUAAUCGUGGUAAACUCAACCUGGCCCUGAAAUUUAUUCCAGCUGGUUCAGAAGAGCCAGGACUUCCUCCCACUGGAGAGCUUCAUAUGUGGGUCAAGAAUGCAGAGAAUCUUGUACCUCGGUUAGGGACCACGGUAGAUGCCUUCGUUCAAUGCUACAUCCUCCCAGAUGACACCAAGUUGAACCGCCAGAAGACCCGAAUUGUGAAAAAGACUCUGAACCCUACUUUCAAUCACACUAUGGUCUAUGAUGGCUUUGAGGUUAAGGACUUAGCACAGGCAUGUGCUGAAUUCACUGUGUGGCAGCGGGAGACUUUCUCAAAGCAUCGGCUAGGAGGCAUCCGGCUGAGUCUUGGCACAGGGAACAGCUAUGGCCUACCGGUCACUUGGAUGGAUUCAACAGAAGAAGAGCGCCACACCUGGGAGAUGGUCUUCAAGCAACCUCAACAGUGGGUGGAAGCUGCUCUUCCCUUGAGGACCAACCUGACUUCAAGGACUUCGUCCUAGCCUUUAGCUGAACAACAGUAGGAUUCCUGUGCUAUCAGAUUUAGUCUGAUGGCAAAUUGAUGACUAUACCUUAUGGAGGCCCCCAUUACAACCCCCUUGGUUUUGAGAGGAUUUUGCCUAAGAUCAGGUUCCUGAUGCUGGGAAUAGCUAUAGCCACUGGGACAAAGGCAGAAUAACAACUUUAUUGAUGUGUGAAGUUUGCCUCCUCUUACCGACUUAAGGAGAACCUUGUGUGGCUUCUAGGGAUCUCUUGUGAAAAAAACUCCGCACUGGGAUGACUAGAACACCCACUUUAUUUCAAGGAAAUAAACUGCCUUAUAGUCACCUUUGCCCAUUUCCAGUGUUCUCCAUGCACAUGGCCAAGGAUUAAUACUAUUUUUUUAAAUAACCAUUUUGAUUAAACAUCUCUGAACUCCACCUUCGUUCCUUAUGGCGAUCCAGGGAAAUGUUUAAACAGUCCCAUUAAACUGUUCUUACUUUUUAUAGGUCCCUUAGAGCACAGCUUGCAGUGUCUCUCAUUACCACACCACUAACUCCUACAGCUGCACUGGUGGGUUUGUGCUAGAGAUGGCAGGAUUGGAGUGGAGUUGAUGUAGAGCUGUCCACAAUUGCUGAAUUGAUCUUGGUAGCCAAGGUGGGGCUUCGGCAGAGAACUCCUAAUCCUGAUGCAGCCUCUCUCGUAAUAACAGUAAGAGUAUCACAACAUUCCUCAGUCCCUUUUGGGGACUUUCAGCAAGAAGAGAAAACGUUUUCUGCUUUUUCUCAGUCCAUAAUGCAUGUUGCUAAAUUUAGCAGAAGUCUUCCAUGGAAACUGCCUCUGGGAGGUUCUCCCCAAAUCUAUUUGUUCUGAGGAUGAUUUUUUUUGGGUCACUUUCUUGGACCAAGGAAAGAUAAGAAGCCAACAUCUGACCUCAAUAUGAGGGCUGACAAGUUAGAAAAUCUUUCCAGCCUUAUCUCAACUGCUGGUGAGAAGAUGGGCCGGGUGAUCAGAGUCUGUUGCCUUGCCAAGAAAUCCAAGCUUUCCUUUCCUCAUGGUUGCUGGUGUAGCUGCUGCUGGGAUAGGUUCUGUCGGUGGUCCACGAUGGCUUUCCAGAUACGGCACACCAUUCCCCCUCUGCCGAGAGAAAACAACCCAUCAACCAACUGGUAUCUACAGCUGUGGAAGUGAACAUUUUUCAUAGGUCAAAGUAACAUUGAACAGAACAAACGGCAGCUUCCUGUGGUUCCUCCUGACUGAUAUGCAGCAUGCUUUUAGAGGAAUUAUUUGGCUUGCAAUUUUUUAAAAUUUCUGUUAUUGCAGGAUCACAAGUUCAAUCCGCAGGAGCUCCCAAAUAAGGGAGAAGACAAACAGCACCCUCUUUGAAAUGUUAGAGACGUUCUGCUUAAAUAUGCAUUUUUUUCUUAGGUAAUCAGAACUAACAUGGUGCCAAGGAUAAUACCAAUUUAUCUGCAGCAGGUGCGGCUGGCAUCUGCGUGAUGAGUUGAUGAUUCUUAAAUCGUACACGCAUAAUAAUAGUACCCAAACUUUUCAGGAUUUUAACUAAUUUGUUACAAAUAAAAUUAUCUUAGGAGCCUUGCUUAUCAGGCAAAAUUA